AUGGCGCUGUACAAAGAAGUGUCCACUUGUCUGUGGCCGUGGUCGAGCCAUCCUAGGCGAAAAGAUUUCGUGAGGCUCGUCACGACCAACCGCUACGUGCGGACCUGCGUGAACAACAAGAUCCGGCUGCUCGUCAACAAAAUCCGGCUGCUCAUCAACAAGAUCUGGCUGCUCAUCCGGAUCCGGCUGCUCGUCAACAAGAUCCGGCUGCUCGUCAACAAGAUCCGGCUGCUCAUCAACAAGAUCUGGCUGCUCAUCCGGGUGGUCUUGCUCACGGGGCAUCCGGCUGCUCGUCAACAAGAUCCGGCUGCUCAUCCGGGCGGUCUUGCUCACGGGGCUCAAACCCAACAUGCGGCUGCUGGUCCGGGCGGAUUUGCUUACGGGGCGUGCGGACCUGCGUCGACAAGGAGACACGAUUUUGUGAGGCUCGUCACGACCAACCGCUACGUGCGGACCUGCGUGAACAACAAAGAUCAUCCGGCGACCUGCUCGUCAACAAGAUCCGGCUGCUCGUCAACAAGAUCUGGCUGCUCAUCCGGGCGAUCUUGCUCACGGGGCGUGUGGACCUGUAAGGUCAUCCGACGACCAACUCGCUCGGCCCAAGAUCCGGCUGCUCGUCAACAAGAUCCGGCUGCUCAUCCGGGCGGUCUUGCUCACGGGGCCCAAACCCAACAUCCGGCUGCUGGUCCGGGCGGAUUUGCUUACGGGGCGUGCGGACCUGCGUCGACAAGGAGACCCGGCUCGACGCCGGAAGGAGUUUUCUGCGAUUUUAUCAUCCGUGGCCAUCAAUGCGUUGGGGAUCUCGAACGAGCCCAAGAUGUCGCCGGUGGACGAUCUUCCCCGGACUGGUCUGGCGAGGAGGAAGGAAUCAACCGGCAUGGAGCUGGCCAUCAUCGUGCCAUCGGUUCGGUCUGGAGACGAGGAAUAAACGUACGAACUCAAAACGAUUAGUUUAGAAGAAAUGGUGGCCGGAACGGAACGGAGAGGGAACCGUCCUGAGCACUGCAUCGUUAUGGAGAAGAAAGAGGAAUCGCCUUUAAUCAACAUUGUUCCUUCGGAUCGGGUGCAGGAACUGGUCCAUCACGAGCUUUGUCUAUUACUGGUUAUUGCAAUAAAAUUCCUUUGAUUUGAUUAUUAUUUAGAAAUCGUUUUAUUUCCUUGCAAAAGAA